AUUUUAAUGUAAUUAUUGUAUUCUGUGCUGGGCCUUGAUGAAAUAUAUCCAUAAUUCAUCAGCCUACAGCAGAUUAGGACAAACAGAACUAUGAGCUGUUUAAACACCCUUAAUAAUAUCAGCAUAAUUCCUCUUCUUUCAUUAUGUUGUCUGUGCCAGACUGAGAGGGAUUUGGAGUGAUGACGUUGAUGAUGUGCCGGCAUGUGGGAGAGUGUACAUAUGUUCUCUGUGUGUUUAUGUGUGUGAGAGAUACAAGUGUAAUCUCACUGCUGAUUUGCAUUCAAUAACGUCCAGCCAAAAAUAAAUCUGCUCUAUCUAGACCUAAAAAGAACAGAAAAAACUGGCAUGAGCCUGCCUAUGAGGUCAACUAUUUCCAAGAGAAAUCCUGUGAUGCAACAGAUAUUUGUUCCCUUGUAUUUCAUGUCAAAUUCUGCAGCCCAAUUUAGUAUUUGUCACAGGUAGCAGAGGAAGUGGACCCAAAUGCAGAGACCGAGGCAGAAUUACUGAUCGAAGAUCUUUACUUUGAGUUCAGUAGUCAGGUAACAGAAGAUACAGGUAACAGGCUGGCAUGAAACAAGGAACAUAAACAAACUGGAACACCGGAAACAUAGACGACAAUCUGACAAACAACUAAGAGAACAGACAGGUAUACAUACACAGAAGACUAAUCACAAAACAAGGCACAGCUGGGGUGAGCAGGCACCAGAAUAAGGAGGGAGCAUGUUGAUUGGGUAACAAGGUGAUUAGGAAAGUGUGGCAGGCAAAACACAGGGCAAGGCUGAUGAGGCUAUUGCAGGUCAGGUGUUGAGGGAAAGUGUGAAGGGAAAAACAGGCUGGGAACACAGGAGGAAAAACACAGAGCGAACCAAAAACCUAGAAACAAAAUCCUCUCUUCAGUAUGUCACACUCACAUUUUAAACUUUGAACAUACAAGUGAAACUAGCAUAAGGAACAACAAAAAUCUGACAGACUGAUACUGUCAAAUCAUUUUAGCAUGUUAGAUAUUUACAGAAGAUCCACCUUCUGUCCACCUACAGAUUCCCCUUCAAUCUAUCCAUGAAUAUUGAUAGAGAGCAGAUCAAUAAACACAAAGGGCAUCUAUGGCAACGUAAGAGCACAAUGCAAGAUUAAACAGUCAAUUCAUCUUAAUAUUCAAAGUAUCUGUCCUUUUCCCACUCUGUCCAAAGUUAACAUCAAAGGGAGAAAAAGCUGAGGGUCUCUGGUGGACUGGCAGAUAAUGGCAGCUAAGGAACAAGAAGGAGCCAGACUGACACAAAACCAUAACAGUAUUACUGUGCAUUAGUCUAUUAAGAUCAUACUGAUCUCAUGCCUUUUAAUCCAUUUGAAAUCAAACAACCACCCAAUAAACUCGAUUAGGGCUUUAUUAUUGUGUCUGUGUCUGUCAGGUUAAAACAUAAAAAAAAUAUCAGGAAACCAGUUAGACAGGUGACAACAUUAAAACAGAACAGGAAAAACACUACAUAUGUCAGUUCAUACCAUAGCCUAUAGGUCACCCAAUCUUAAUCUACUGCACAAAAAUCAUAACAACACAUCCAUAAACCUCAUAGCUCUAAGUAUCUUCUUUGCCCCUAUCUCCAUAUGUGUCUCUGCUAUGGGAGUCAUCCAGAUUUACUGACAAUAACAUAGGAGGAUGCUUUGAAACCUCUCCACUGAUGGACAUGUGGGGAUCGAGCCUGUGCCACUUUUUUGAGAGAUACAUUAUCUCUGUUUAUCUUUCUCGCUCUGUGUAUCUGUUGGGUCCAGUUGGUCUUUUUUGGCCAUGAACAAAGCCACUCAGGCAUUGGUGACAGACUGCUACGUUGACUGGCCACACAGUCUCUGAGCUCACAUGCUUUUUGUGGCUCUGUCUCUCAGAGCGGUGCCUCCCAAAAAAAGACGCUGCAUCAUGGGGCCCACACUUUGGUACGUUCCCCCCUGAUCCCAUUCUUAAGGCCCAAACGGCAGCUGGAGAGAUUAGAGAGGCGAGGACACCGACACACACACUUGCACUCUAUUUCGCGGUGACACAGCCAGCCAGGACAGAUCCAGUUCAGACUGGAGUGAGCUUUCAUCAGGAGCACACUUUGACUGGACCCAGUACGUCCAAAAACCCUCGCCUGGCAAGGAUCACCUCAACUGGACUCUGAAUUUCCAAUGACCCCUUAUGUCCUUGGAUUUCCAGCAACCUUACAGUGGACCUUGUCUUUUGUCGGAAUCUCUCACAUGCAACUCAAUAACUGGUCUUUCUGUGGUAGUUAACUGACUGACUGGUCUGUGCUAAUCACACCUUGGCCAUGAGUUGUUUCGGGUACCGUCGAGAGCUGAGUAAGUACGAAGAUGUUGACGAGGACGAGCUUCUGGCUUCCCUCAGCCCUGAAGAACUGGCUGAGUUGGAAAAGGAGCUGGCGGACAUCGACCCUGAUGCCAACGUGCCCAUAGGACUCAGACAGAGAGACCAGACAGACAAGAGCCCAACGGGCACCUUCAGCAGAGAGGCCCUAAUGAAGUAUUGGGAAAAUGAGACGCGUAAAAUUCUGGAGGAUGAGAUCGCAAAUUCUCUUUCAAUCCCUGAAAAAUUUUAUGUGACACAGGAUGAGGAAGAAGAGGAGGAGAGUGUGACAGAGAGAAACAGUGAAGCAGAGGAUGAAAAAGAUGAUGAAAAUGAGAAAGAGCAGAAAAAGCAUGAGAAACAAAAGGAGGAAGAAGAAGAAGAGGAAGAAGAAGAAGAAGAGGAGGACGAGGAGGAGGAGGAUGAUGAAGAUGAAGAAGAGGAGGAGAGUGAGGAAGAGGAGGAAGCAGUAACAGAAGAGGAGGAUGAGGAGGAAGAGGAGCAAGAAGAUAGUAAAACAAAGCCUGAGCCCCCAAAGGAUUCUGGGCCGCUGACAUCACAGGCCGACACCCCAAAGCUGCUAAAGCCUCUGAGGGUGGAGCCUAUGAGACUGACCCCUCCCCCUCCACCUGCUGACCCCAACGCGUCCGGAAACCCCACUGUUGUCGACGAAGCUCUACAACGAGCCAUUAAUAACGACCCUGAACUCACAGAGGUUAAUCUUAACAAUAUUGACGACAUCUCGCAGGAAACCCUCAUCCGAUUUGCUGAAGCACUGAGAUCCAACACACAUGUGCGGGUCUUCAGUCUUGCAAACACUCACGCUGAUGAUCCUGUGGCUCUGGCCAUUGCUAAGAUGCUGAGGGAGAACUCGUCCAUCAUCAGUCUCAAUAUAGAGUCUAACUAUGUGACUGGGAAGGGUGUGAUGGCGCUGGUUCAAGCACUUCCAGGAAACAAUACCCUGACUGAGCUUCGAUUUCACAACCAGAGACACAUGUGUGGAGGACAGGUAGAAAUGGAGAUGGUGAAGAUUCUGAGAGAAAACUACACCUUGAUCAAACUGGGCUACCAGUUUAACCUCCCUGGUCCGAGGAUGAGCAUGACGGGAAUCCUAACCAGGAACCAGGACCGCCAGAGACAGAAACGACUGCAGGAGCAGCGGCAGCAGCAGGGCCAGCAGGGGGCACUGGAGGGAGUCAUUAACCCCAGAACCACUGCACUGAAAGGAACACCAAGUUCAUCACCAUACAGCUCACCCAGAGCAUCUCCUUGGUCCUCACCCAAACUCCCCCGGAGCGACCUGGCUAAAAAACAGAUCCCUCCUGCUCCACCUCCUCCUCCCCCGCCUCCACCUCCACCUCCCCCACCUCCUCCCCCACCGCCUCUUCCACAGCAGGAGAAGAAGAAGCCCACCAGGAUGAUUGCAGAGGUCAUCAAAGCACACGAGGCUGGCAGCAAGAAGGUGGCAAAGACGAAGGGGAAGAAGGGCAAGAAGGGGAAGACGAAGGAGUCGGGGAAGGGCGAGACAGGUAGCAUCCUGAAGGAGCUCAAGAAUGCGCUGAGGCCCAUGGAGAGGAGAGGAGAGGAGGGCAGCAGGCCGUCCACACCAAUGAGGUCGGCGCAUGAUCAGCUGAUGGAAUCCAUCCGCACCAGCAGCGUCCGCAACCUGAGACGGGUGGAAAUCCCACAUCAUCUACGAUAAUACAAAAGGAAAGAGAUGAGGUCUAUUUGUUGCCAUGGAAAUCGGGGAAUGUGCAUAACGACAGCGAUGGAGUGACCGGCAACGAUGAAAGCACAAGGUGAUGAAAACAUGUUACUGUGGAGGCAAAAAUAACUGAAUUCUUACUCAUGAAAAUGAAAAUAUGCUGGAAAUUUGCACUGCUAUACAGUAAUAGCUUUACAUUUGAAUAAUGUUAAAGUUUUAUGAUAUUUGUAUUUAAAUUUUGAAACAAGUUGUCUGAACUGUUUACUGAUCAGUUUUCUAACUCACUGUUUUCUUGUAAACUUGUAAAUAUGAUCUGUUGUUGGUUGAAUUAUGUGUUCAUUUCUGAAUAUAGCCAUUUGGUGUUUACAAUCUUACCUGUCGAAGUAUGUAGACUGUUUUAUUCGGUUCCAUUUAAAAGAAAAGGAUCAAGCUUCUAUGCGGAAUCAUAUGCAGCAUUACCACUUUAACUAAGUUUAUUUAUAUCAGUGAGUCAGCUUACUGUUCAAGCACCACUGAUGCAUAUUCCCUCUCCAUCACAUUCACAAUACACCCACUCAGUUAGCACGUAUAAGAGCUGGGCUUUUGCGCACUUUAAGCAAUUCACAAUGCAUAACAAGUGCAGGCAAGAGGCAUCAACUAUAGUACAUUAUUACAAGGUAAAAUGGGAUAUGGGAUAGUUUAAGGCUGCAGGAGGCAAAGGCUUUAUGCAAAUAUACACUUGUUUCUCUCUCUCCCACCAACUAAAAAAGCAUGUAUUCUCUGUAAUUGCUCAUGUAACAUUAUAGUCUGGGCACUUCUGCACCCACAGGAAAAUGAAAAUAAAGAACAAACUCGUCAAAAUUUCAGUAAAGUAAGUAAAACAGGUCCAAUCCAAGAACUAGUCUGAACUCGGCCUGGGUCAGGGGGAUCACCACAGGGAUGAUAGAGGAGAGUGUGACACCAAGACACUGAGAGAUGGAAGCUAUUAGAUUUGGUCGUGCUAAUCCUGGUCCUGCAUUUGUUUACGUGUCUUGGGAGAGUUCUGUGACUCCUCAGUCCACAGAGCAGCUGUUCAAAGACAACACGGUCAGGGGCUUAGGGGUGGCAACAAGCAGAAAACUACAAAUGACAUUGCAACCGACCCUUUCCCAAAACAAUCAGAGAUUUUUAGAUUUAUUUUCUAGAUUUAUUUCUAUUAUAGGCAUUCUAUUGACCUCAGUACGGUAAGAAAAAAUAUGUGUCAACAAUUGAAACUUGCACUAGAAAGGUAUUUAAAAUAGAUAGUGCAACUGAAAGCAUAGUUUAUUUUGAAGUUUUACAUGCUUUCUGACUUUUGAGACUUGAGAUUUGAAUGCUGAACAGAAGCCUUGUUAAUGCAGAAAGUUACCAAAGUUAUAUGAUAUUUUUUGUGAUAUCCAUGAUAUAUUGUUUUUUUCCCCUACGUUUCACAGUUUAAAUAUGCAAUGAUGAUAUGAAUUUGGCAUCAAAAAGCAAUGAUAUUCUUUGAGCAAUGGUCAAUCUACAGUAGUAGAGUAGAUUAUAGGUAAUUUGUAAAACAGUAAUCUGAGUGUUUUAUUCGUUUGGUUUGCAUGAAAAAAGAUAAUUGAAGAGAAAAUCCAACUUUAAAUCAGACUUUUUCCUUUUUAUUAGUUGGACAGAACUUAUAUUUGUUUGGGGUGAGUAAGCGGAGUACAUGAAUGCUCAAUGGCCCUCCCAGCAGCUCAGCAUGCACAAUGCAUUCCUUUAGCUAAGUAUCCUCAGAAUAAAACUUCCUUUACUUAAGUACAGCACUUUGUCAUAUGUGUCAAACUGUCAAUAGGGGAAUCCCUCCAUGAAAUCUGUCAUAAAAUCUACAGACAUCCUGUUUAUAAGUGUGGUUUCUGCACUCAGGGUGGUCACUGCAUUAUCCUCAUAUAGAAUUAAAGACGUUAUAUUUCAGGAUGGACGGAGAUUAUCAUGCUCUAUAAGGAAAUGUAAUACCAGUCUCUGAACCGCAACAAAAUGGUUACGUAUGCAGGGUUUGCAUUUAUCCCUUUUACAUUUAUAGUAGAUCCCUGAAACCGCUAAACUCCUCAGUCACAACACAGACGCAUUUUGACCUUUGCGCUCCUCACUGAAUUACGCACGCGGGGUUGCUGCUUUACAAAUUAAAGCUUUUCUACAUUGCUAAUUUUUUUCUUUUCAUAAUACAAGAUGGCGGCACACAUGAGUGCAGCGGCUCUUUGCUCUCCAGUUACUUUACUGUUUAAUAUUUAUUUAUUUAUUUAUUUUAGUGUUGUGUGUGUUGUGUGGUUGUGUGAAACUAUGUUGUACUGUGUUUUUAAUGUACCAACACGAGUAGCACUCCUUAUUUCGUUGUAUCUGCAGUACAAUGACAAUAAAGGCUUUCUGCAUUCUACAUUAAGCUACUAAAAUGCUAAUUGCUUCAAGUGCAUUUAAAGGGCAAUUUCAAGAAUUGACCUAAUAUUCUACUUGUGACUUUAUACUUAACAAUAGCUAAGGUCAGAUUAUUGUACU